CAGAAAUACGCGGCGUAUUAGAAAUAAUUUUGGAGGAAAUUUCAUUUAAAAAAAGAAUCUAAGACGAAUGUGUCAUCAGCCAAAAGUGAAUUAUUAAAACCAGACAGCAAACAUGGAUGAGGAAAGGAGUCCAGCGGAUAGGUUCAAGAAAUACCUGGCUAAGGGUAAACAGCUGAUUGGUGAGGGCAAAAUACAGGAGGCCCUAGCCUGCCAUAAAAAGGCACUACAGAUAUGCCAUACAGACAAACUGGCGAGAAAGAUUGAAAAGAUGGAGGCUUACCUGUCAGCAUGUGGGGAUGAAAGUGAGGAAGAGGAGGAGGAUAAUGGAAUGGUUCACCUGGGCAAGGGCUUCUACCUAUACAAGGACCUACAUGCCAGCUUGUAUGCCCACCAGCAGGAGGGUGUGCUCUGGAUGUGGUCGCUCUUUCGCAGGAAGAAAGGCGGAAUACUUGGGGAUGACAUGGGGCUUGGAAAGACGAUCCAGGUGAUAGCAUUUCUAUCGGGGAUGUUUGACAUGCAGAAGAUACAGUCUGUCCUGAUUGUGCUGCCUGUGGCUGUCAUGGUGAACUGGGAAAAGGAGUUCAACAAAUGGGCGCCAGGCUUGAAGGUCGUUGCCUUCCAUGGAAACAGCAAAAGGGAAAAAGAGCGUGCAUUGAUGCGGGUCCAGCGUCGUGGCGGAAUCUGUCUGACCACAUACGGGCUUGUUGUCACCAGUUGGGAACAACUUGGGCAGAGGAAUGGCUCCGAGUUCAUCUGGGAUUACAUGAUACUGGAUGAGGGACAUAAAAUAAAAAAUCCAACAAAAACCAGCAAAGGGGUGCAUGCCAUCCCGGCCCACAACAGGAUUAUUCUGACUGGUACCCCUGUGCAGAAUAACCUUAAGGAGUUAUGGGCUCUGUUUGACUUUGUCCACCAGGGGUCACUGCUGGGCACACAGAGGACAUUCAAAAUGGAGUUUGAUAACCCAAUAACUAGGGCUCGUGAGAAGGAUGCAACUGUGGGCGAGAAGAAGCUGGGAAUGGAAAUGGCCGAGACGCUGAAAGGGAUGAUCGCCCCGUUCUUUCUCAGGCGUACCAAGGCCGAGGUGAAAGAGCAAGAGAAGCAGGGACGAGACCAGCCUGUUGACCAGAACAUCAAAUGUGCCAUUAUGCCAGAUAUGACUCGGAAGAAUGACCUGAUAGUGUGGACAUUCCUUGGUGAAACCCAGCUGUCCAUCUACCAGGAUUUCUUGUCACUAGACUCCGUCAAGGAGCUGCUGAUGACUACAAAGUCCCCUCUGGUUGCCCUGAAUGUGCUGAAGAAGAUUUGUGAUCAUCCUCGCCUAUUAUCCACAAGAGCCUGUGCCCAGCUUGGAGUUGACCAGGAUGAAGGAGUUGAUGAAGAGUUAUUGGAAACUGAGACAGGAAGUCUGAGUGCAGUCACCCGUAUACAGCACAUCCCAGACGACACCCUCGUCCAGGAGUCUGGAAAGCUCUUGUUUCUCAUGCAGCUGCUAGACAGGCUGAAAUUUGAGGGCCACCGCUGCCUUGUCUUCUCACAGUCACGCAGGAUGCUGGACAUCAUGCAGAAAGUAUUUACUAACAAGGGUCACAAGAUAAUGCGUCUGGAUGGCACGAUCUCCUCAGUACAGGAACGGGAGGCCAGAAUACAGAAGUUCCAGACAGAUAGUUCGUACAAUGUCUUCCUACUCACCACACAGGUUGGUGGAGUUGGGUUGACAUUGACUGCCGCAGAUCGGGUGGUGAUUUAUGACCCCAGCUGGAACCCAGCAACUGAUGCCCAGGCAGUGGACCGUGUGUUUCGUAUUGGUCAGGACAAGAAUGUGGUCAUCUACCGUCUGAUUACAUGUGCAACUGUUGAAGAAAAGAUUUACAGAAGGCAAAUCUUCAAGGACUCCAUCACACGACAAACAACUGGCAAUUCCAAAAAUCCUUACAGGUAUUUCAGCAAAUAUGAGCUGCGUGAACUGUUCACCAUGGACGAUCCAAAGUCAUCAACGACCCAACAACAGUUGGAGGCAAUGCACAGCGGUCAACGUCUCACUGACCCGAGUCUGGAUGAACACAUCGCCUAUCUCUAUUCCCUUGAGAUGUUUGGUCUGAGUGACCAUGACCUUAUGUUUAGCCAGGGAGGGACAGGGGGAGAGGAACAGGAUGAGGAUGAUGGAUCGGAAGUCGGGAGUCACGAUGCUGAGACAGACUACAUACAGAAUAGGGCUCAGAAGGCUCGUGAGUUGAUACAGAUGGAGUCCGAACAAGGCAAUUCGCUAGAGGAGAGACUGGGGAAGGGCCCCCAGCAGGGGUCAGUGGCCGGCAGAUUUCAGAACUGGAACAUACCACCCCAGCUACCAAACACUGGCAGAGGGGAAGAAGAUGUACCUGGUCCAUCGAUGGUUGACCUCACUAACUCCCCAGAUGUGAAGGUGAAUACUUCAAACCUUCCCUGGCAGCCCAAGAAAGAAGAGAGCUCACCUUCAGGUUCUGAAGAUCAUGAAGAUAUGGAAGAACAUGUUAUAUCCAGUGAUGAAGAUGAUGAAAACAGAAUGGAAACUGGAACACCAGCAAAAACACCAAUAAAAACACCCGCCAAACACGCUAGGGACAGCACAGGCAUGAAAAACCUUGCUGAGGAGUUUAAUAGCCUGGAAACUAGCCAGAAGGAAUUGGUCUCUCCCAAAACUCCAAGCCGCAAAGAUGUAGGAACUGUGGAGGAGCAAAUAAUAAUCUCACCCGAUCCUAGAACGGACAUGAUCAAGACAAGACCUUCCAGUUCGGCAAACUCUUCCUUCACAUCAUUACCCAAUGUAACAAACUUCAACCCAAUGUUCAACUCCACUACAAUGUCAGGAACAGGUGUUAGCCCCAAUACAAGUGAUCAGAAUCAUUCAAAGGGAUUUGGACUGAACAGGAGUUCGAAUGAACAAAAUCAGUCAUCAAGAAAGCCUUUUCAAACCAUUGUAGGGGAAUCCCCACUUCUGACUUCAAAUACACACCAAAGAAAUUCUAGCAGUACUGACAACUCAGCUUUGGAAAAUGAAAUUGACAAUCAAGUAUCAGUUAUAGAAGAUUCUCUGGUGAUAUCAGAUGAUGAGGAUAAGGAAAAUAUUGAACCUGGAAAUAUAUCUGUGACUGAAAUUAAGGGUAUUUUGGAGAAGAGCUUAAAUAGCACUAGAGCAAACCAUAGCAUCGUUGCUGAAAGUCCAGUGGUGAAAAAGUCACGAAGGAAGUCUACAGCCUUUAAAAGAAGGGUGAUUGAAAGUUCAGAUGAGGAAGAUGAAACAAGUGAAAGGAGUGUAUCACCUGCUAAUGAGGAAAAUGAUGAUGGUGUAGAUGAAAUUGAUGGUGGUGAUGGUGAUGAGAAUGAUUAUGGUGAAAAUGAUAUGGAUGGUCAUGAUGACGAUGAUGAUGGAUAUAUUGACCAUACUGGUGAUGAAAAUGGCGAAGAGACUGAAAAAGAUAAUGAUGAUUCUCAGGAGCAACAUUUUAACACAAGUAGGGCUAGAGAAUCUAACAAUGAAGAGAAUAGAGAAAGCAAUUCUAGUGUUACCAGUGGGAAUGUUAAUGAAGUUAGUACAAAUGUAGAAGAUAAUGAGCAUGGUAUGGCUGUUGAGGAACAUGGGAAUGAAGAAAACACGGAGGGAGAAGUGAGCCAUACUAAUGAAGGGUUAUCAGAGUCUAUAGAAGAUGGGGAAGAUCAUGUUGAUGAAGAGGAAGACAUGGAGGAGGAGGAGGAGGGAGGAGAAUUAGAGUUUGAAGACUUGCCAGAGGAGGACCAGAUGGAGUACAAUGAGCUGGUUGAGAGGGGCAGGGUCCUCUGUCAGCAGAAGGAGUACGAGACCGGACUUGUAUGUGUGCUGCAGGCCCUUGAGAUCUACGAAGAUGUAGAUCUGCAAAAAACUGCCAUGCAGUUACAGAAGAAAGUACUCAAACAGCAGGCUCGUGCCAAACAGAACAUGUGAUGAACCAAUUUAAUUUUUAAAGAUGUACCUAUUAAAUUGUUAUGUUUUAUCAGUGCAUGUGCUAUGUACAAUGUAAAUUUGUAUAUUGUUUUGUUGUUGCAGGAUCUGAUUUGCAAAUGUAAAUUUCAAUUUAAAGAUUGAAAACGAAAGUGUCACAAAAAUACCUGUUUCAAAAUUUUAUUUGUUUUUGAUACACCAGAUUGUGUUCAAUAGUAGUUUCAGAUAUUUGAAUCAUUAUAACUAAUUGUUUUCAUUAUUUUUUGAAAUCAUACUUUCAAUUAAAUUUGUUGAUUUUAAAAUAAUUAUAUCGUAAUUUUCAAAAUAUUUACCCCACUCAUCGGUCAUUAUAGAAUGUACUGUAUAAACUUAGAUAAGAAACUUGUUUAAGUUUGACAUACAGUCGAAACUCGAUGGAUUGAUAUUCUAGGGACCGGCCAAAAUACUUCGAGCCUCGAGAAUAUCGAGCCAAGCGGGAUUGCUUACAUGUUAUUUUUUUAUUUGUUACAAAAAGUCAGGCCAUAACUUGGUAACUAAUAAAGCGAUUUUCAAAUAACUUUAUACAAAUCAUCACUACAUUAAAAGGAUGUGUCGCGCGCAAUUUCCAGGUCCAUACCUCAAAGACUAGAAUCACCAUGGGGGUGCGUUAGCAAAUCCGUGUCCGGGCCACAACUUGGUCACUAAUAAAGUCAUUUUCAAAUAACUUUAUACAAAGCAUCAUUACAUUAAAAGGAUGUGUUGCGCGCAAUUUCCAGGUCCAUACCUGAAACACUAGAAUCACCAUGGGGGGGGGACGUUAGCAAUUCCAUGUCCAGGCCAUAACUGGAUUACUACUAAAGCAAUUUUCAAAUAACUUUAUACAAAUCAUCUCUACAUUAAAAGGAUUUGUCAAGCAUGCUUUCAAGGUCCGUACCUCGAAGGCUAAUUUCACUGGGGGGGCGUUAGCAAUUCCGUGUCCAGGCCAUAACUUGGUAACUUAUAAAGCGAUUUUCAAAUAACUUUAUACAAAUCAUCACUACAUUAAAAGGAUGUGUCGCGCGCAAUUUCCAGGUCCAUACCUAAAAGACUAGAAUCACCAUGGGGGUGUGUUAGCAAAUCCGUGUCCGGGCCACAACUUGGUCACUAAUAAAGUCAUUUUCAAAUAACUUUAUACAAAGCAUCAUUACAUUAAAAGGAUGUGUCGCGCGCAAUUUCCAGGUCCAUACCUGAAACACUAGAAUCACCAUGGGGGGGGACGUUAGCAAUUCCAUGUCCAGGCCAUAACUGGGUUACUACUAAAGCAAUUUUCAAAUAACUUUAUACAAAUCAUCUCUACAUUAAAAGGAUUUGUCAAGCAUGCUUUUCAGGUCCGUACCUCAAAGGCUAAUUUCACUGGGGGGCGUUAGCAAUUCCGUGUCCGGGCCAUAACUUGGUAACUAAUAAAGCGAUUUUCAAAUAACUUUAUACAAAUCAUCACUUCAUUAAAAGGAUGUGUCGCGCGCAAUUUCCAGGUCCAUACCUCAAAGACUAGAAUCACCAUGGGGGUGCGUUAGCAAAUCCGUGUCCGGGCCACAACUUGGUCACUAAUAAAGUCAUUUUCAAAUAACUUUAUACAAAGCAUCAUUACAUUAAAAGGAUGUGUCGCGCGCAAUUUCCAGGUCCAUACCUCAAACACUAGAAUCACCAUGGGGGGGGGGGGGACGUUAGCAAUCCCAUGUCCAGGCCAUAACUGGGUUACUACUAAAGCAAUUUUCAAAUAACUUUAUACAAAUAAUCUCUACAUUAAAAGGAUUUGUCAAGCAUGCUUUCCAGGAGAUAUGUACCAACCAUAUUUGUAUGCUGAUUUUAUAAAAAUAUUUCAUUUCAUAAAAUCUGAUUCCAUAUUAGUAGAUCCUUCAUUGCACUACUUACCAGUAUGUAUGUUGUUUUACAAUUAUUCUAUGUUGUAAAAAAAUACUGUUGAACAAAGGUUUUUAUUAGCACUGCUAACUUAAGUAUCAUUAAAGUUUCAAUAUUGGAAGUUUAAGCCUUUGUUGUAAACACUUCACACCUAGUAAGCAGUAUACUAGCAUAACCUAAAUGUUUAUUAAAGACCUCAAGCCGAAUCUUCUUCGGGCGUAUAAUGCUCCGUUUCGCGGUGCUCUUGUUUUAUUUAUUAUUAAAAUACAUUUAUGCGAAUACAACAAACAAGCAAUUGUAAACAGUGGGUAACACAAACAUAGCUUAUAAGUUAUUUCAAAAUGCAUAGAAAUUUAUAGAUGGAUAACAAUUAGAGACAGAACUUUAAGUGAUAGCAUGUUUAUUCAAACUGUUGAACCAUUUAAAUUUGAUAAUAAUUAUAAUACCAUUCAAGCAAGUUUAAUCGAUUAGCGCCUUGUGCUAAAUGAAGCCAAGCAAACAAAUCAAGGUGAGGGAUUCUUAACUGAACCCGCAAAAAUGACAUCGACCCAAGCAAACAAAACAAAGUGUGGAAUUCUUGUUUGGGACCGCGAAAACGACUGAGUGUGGAGAAAUAUCAACCCUCAUGAUAUCGAGCCAUCUGAUCGAAUUUUAUAUGAACAAGAGGUAAAAAUAAAUUGGUCCUUUUAAUCUAGUUCGAGCCAACGAGGAUAUCGAGCCAUGAGAUAUCGAGCCAAAGAGUUUUGACUGUAUAGCUUAAUUAGAUGCCAAAUAAUUGUAACAUCUAUUUCCUAAGACUUUCAAAAUGAGAGAAUUUUUAAAAAAUGUUCAGUGAAAAUUUUAUUAUCAAAAAAGUAAUAGUAAAAAUAUUCUAAGCAAAUAAACUUGACAUAAAAAUAAAUCGAAAUUGUUCAAGUUGACUUAUGGUUUUGUUUUUAUGAUAAAACACAAUUAUAUUCUAAUUAUGAAUAAAUGCAUUUACAAUUAUUUAAUAGUCAUUUCUGAGAUUUGAUUUAAAUGAAUAAUUAACACUGAUGAAUACAGUUGUUUGCCUUUAAAGCAAUCUGUCAACAGAAUUAAUGCACCUUUGGUUUGUGAAUUUCAAGAUUUCGUCUGUGUAAAAAGAUGGAAAGUUAAGUGGUUGGAGGUGGCAACCCAGAGCAGUAAUGGAGAAAUUUCACAAUGAAGACAUCAUUUUCAUCUAUAAAGAAAUGGAGACUGUUAUAUGAAUUUAUUCUUCAUAUUUACUUACAUAAAGAUUUAUGACAUAACCUUGUGCAUAGAAUGCGAUUACAAUUCCAAGCUUAAUAUUUUGUUAUAUAACAUUUAUUUGCUUUAUUGUUGCUUAUUCUUAGUUAUGUUUCUCAAGUUCACAGCUGAAAUUCUUGUUUCUUUUCUUCUUAUUUCUUUCUUUGUAAAUCAUUCAUUGUAUGCAAUAAGAUGUACUUCUGCCAAACAUGUUUAUCAUAAAUUUGUAAUUCAUUUUUAAGAGAGUACAGCAUGAAAUUGAAUAAACUUUAUAUAUAUCAAACCCA